GAUGAUGAUGUCUCUCCUGAUAGAAACAUCAACAUCUUCCACUGUCUGAUUGAGAUGAAUGACCUCUCAGUUUAUCAGGAGAUUCAACAGUUCCUGAAAUCAGAUAACAAAUCAGAAAAGAAGCUCUCAGAGAUCCAUUGCUCAGCUCUUGCUUACAUGCUGCAGAUGUCAGAGAAGGUUAUGGAUGAGUUAGACCUGGAGAAGUACAACACAUCAAAGGGAGGACGACGUAGACUGGUUCCAGCUGUUAGGAACUGCAAAAAGGCUCGACUUGUUGGCUGUUCUCUCUAUGUAACUGAAUGUGAAGUUGUGGCCUCAGCUCUGAAGUCCAACCGUCAUCUGGUUGAAGUGGAAAUAGAGAAUAUCUAUGGAGAUAGAUCGUUUGGAGACUCUGAAACGAAGUGUCUGUGUGAGAUACUGGAGAGUUCAAUCUGCAAAGUGAAGGAACUGAGAUUGAUCAACUGCAAUUUUUCAGAGAUCAGCUGGGAUUCUCUGAGCAAAGCUCUUAAGUCUAAUCCAUCCCAUCUAAGAGAACUUACUCUGAAUGGGACCAUGUUGAACACUGGAAUGAAGGAUCUCUGCAGGUUUCUCCAGUCUCCCCACUGCAAACUAAAGAAAUUGAAAAUUAGGAGCUGCGGUUUGUCAAAGGUCAGCUGUGCUUCCCUGGUCUCGGCUCUGGAGUCAAACCCCUCACAUCUGGAACAUCUGGACCUGAUGUAUAACAAGCUGAAGGAAUCAGAUGUUCAGCAGCUUCAGGAUCUCAUAAAGAAUCCAAACUACAAACUGGAGAUUCUGAAGUGGGACUCAUGAUGAUCUUAGUGGAGGAGAGAAGAUGAUCUGUGUCCUGAUGAUCCACAGAGUUUGAAGCUGCAGCAGUUUAAGUUUGAAUAGACUCUGACUGGAUCCUGAUGAUAAACUCUGUGUUUAGAGAUGUUUCUCUUAUUUGUUUGAUCUUCUCU